GUCCACGAAUCCCAGUCGGUUGGGGUGCAUAGGAGGGAAACGGUGAACUCGCGUGUGUACCUGCUCGGUACUCGCUUGGAAAGGUUAUCUCUGAGACCGUAUAUAUACUCGUGUAACUCCGCGAACGCGGUAUCGUUCGGUGUUUCGAUCGUUCACCCUGGAGGCUGACACGGAGAACACGAGGAUGGAUGCCACGGACGUCCUCGACAGCGACAGAACGGGCAACGACGACGUUAUGCACAACAACGGCAGCAACAAUAACAACAACAAUGAUGACGACGAGGCGCCCACCGUGGAGGAAACGUACGAGGUCACCACCACGAAACGCAAAACCAUACGGACCAGCUAUAAAAUCCAAGAAACUUCUGCAUCAACCAAAACUACCACCAUGACAACUGCAGCUAAGUUAUAUGGCAAGGAUUUGAGUGAAUAUGACGAUGUGGAUGUGGAUGACUUGUUGGCACAGCUUACUCCAGAAGAAAUUAAUAUGUUGGCCAAGGAAGUAGAUCCUGACGACAGCUUUAUGCCACCCUCGCAACGUUGUAGUUAUGAAUGUGACAAGAGUCCAACCGGUCCCCUAAAUCGUAAGAAACUAAUUGAACACAUCAAUAAACAGGCCUUAGAAACACCAGACAUACCAGAAUUAAAGCCUUAUGUACCUGGUACUAUAAGAGGCAAGAAGUGGAUUCCACCUCCUCAGGAAACUGUAAAAGAAAAAGAAGCAGAUGAACAAAUUGCUAUUGAUCUUGGAGAUGAAUAUGAGCAAGCAUUAUCUAAUGCUAGUCAAGAAGAAAUUAUUGAUCUUGCUGCUAUCCUUGGAUUCCAUUCCAUGAUGAAUCAAGAUCAGUAUCAUGCCUCCUUAUUAAACUCUGGUCAGCCUGUGGGCUUGGGGUGGGAUGGAGUUACAAAAGCUAGUCAACCAAAACCUUACCCGAUGGAACCACCUAAUGAUACAGAUGUUGACGCCACUAUCAAACAAGUUAGAGAAGACUAUGCGUCAUUGAUUGACUUAAACUGGAAUAACAUUAAGAAUAUAUCUGACGAAAAGUUUAUUCAACUAUUUGAAGGACUGGAGAUGAAUACACAUCUCGAAUCCUUAAGUUUAACAAAUGUGGGACUCAACGAUAAGACUGCACAAAGGUUGGCAGAAGCCUUAGAGAAAAAUUCUACGCUCAGAGUACUCAAUGUUGAAACAAACUUUAUAAGCCCAUCUGUGAUAGUGAGGCUCAUCAGGGCACUCCUUAAAACGAAAUCAAUAGAAGAAUUUCGAUGUUCCAAUCAGAGGUCACAAGUGUUGGGAAACAAAAUCGAAAUGGAAAUUACACAGUUGGUAGAACAGAAUCCAACCUUGCUUCGACUUGGUCUUCACUUGGAGUUCAAUGAUGCUAGACAUCGUGUGGCUGCACACUUGCAACGCAACAUUGAUAGGAUACGGAAAGACCUAACGCUGCGGCUACAGUUCCGAUUCUUUAACAUGAACCACAGGAAACCUGCCUUGAUUCAAUGAAAGUACGGCAGUCCCGGCUCGGGGUGGCGACAUCUUAACGCGAAGUGGCGUUCGCCUAGGUAUUAUUUGUACAUAUAUUAUAUAUUUAUUUACCAUAUGUUAUACGUAUCUAUAUAUAUAAGAUAUCAGGAAAAAAUAAACACACAGAAACACGGUAAGAAAACAAGAUGAUUCAAUCGACAAGAGACAAAAAUAAGCACACACAAACACACGCAUACACAGGACAUACACAAGAAUUAUUUUCACGCAUCUCUCGCUCGCGGCGUUCUCGCACUAUUUACUGAUUUUACACGAGUAACUUUCGAAUUCAGGAUCGACAAACGAGAAAACGGGCUUGUCAGAGAGCUUCAUUUUUUUUCCAUUUUAUGUAUCAAUUAUGCCUAUUGUCAGAUAUGUGUCAGAAUAAACGUUGUCGUUCUCCGGCGUUUGUUUCAAUUCCAAUUGUACUUGCGGUAUCUCAUCGUAGCUUGUAAAACCACGCGCAACACAGAGACAUUGUAUCGUCGAGAUCGUGCGCGCCAGGCCUGGCCCCCGCCGUCGAUCCACGGGAUUUAAGAUCGAAUUUUCAAUCGCUUUGUUCGCGUCGAUAUCCUCUCCCGUCCUCGGAUGUUCCGAGGACGAACACGACCACGCUGUACAUACUGUCCGUUCUGCAUGAGUAUCUGUACUUUAGCGCAAACUGAACCGCAAAUAAACCGCUCUGGCACUC